CCGAGUCCGAGGCGGAAGCAGCCGAGUGCUAGGGGCUGGUAGAAAGUGGGAUACCGACCGGACGUCGGCUCAGAGGUCAAUUCUGAACUGAUGCUAAGUGGGCUGCACGCCCGACUCCUAGCCCCCAGGGCCAUGUCUGGCUGUGUCCAACUCUCCAGUAGCAGUGUAAAGAUGGCCGGAGCGGAGGGCCCGGUGGAAGCAGCCAUAAGAACAAAGCUGGAGCAGGCCCUGAGCCCAGAGGUGUUGGAGAUCCGAAAUGAGAGCAGCGGCCACGCAGUGCCUCCUGGCAGCGAGACCCAUUUUCGUGUGGCCGUGGUGAGUUCCCGCUUCGAAGGACUGAGCUACCUGCAGCGCCACAGAUUAGUCCAUGCUGCCCUGUCCGAAGAACUUGCAGGGCCUGUCCACGCGCUGGCCAUCCAAGCUCGGACCCCUGCCCAAUGGAAAGAAAACCCCCUACUAGAUGUCAGCCCUGCCUGCCUAGGUGGGAGUAAGAAAGACCUCCGGAGUGCCUCCUAAAACCUGGGAGAAAAAAGGAGGACUCCUGUAUUUUGGAUUUGUGGGAGGAGAGUCACUGACUUUAUUUGGGGGCCUGCCCUCUGGAAAUAAAAAUGUGAUCGUC